UUUAAAUUGGGGUCGCGGUUGUUUGUUAGCAACAGAUGUUGGUAACGAUACGAAAGACUGAGACCAAGGAAAUAGCAACAGCGAUUGAUAAAUAUCUCUGAAGCAACGAGCAUUGAGGUUAACGGUGUAGCAAAUUCGUCUCUGCAGUUUUCCAAGUAGCGCCAACUAAUAUCCGUGGCAAUGGCAAACAUAAUCUUUGUUGAGCAAGAAAAUGCAUGUCUCCAUGCACCCUCCCUGAAGAUAAGACAGCGGCUUCAGUCUGCUCCAGAGAAACUCUUGAAAUCUCCAGUGAUUCCCAAAAGCAUUACCACACCCCUGCCAUCGGGUCGUAAGGCUUUUGGAAUGGUGAACAAAAAGGUCUUGACUCCAUCUGUCAACACGCAAGAGAAAAAAGUCUUGAAGCUACAGGAAACCAAAGUCAAGCAUGCUUCUCAGACCAAAUUGGAGGAAUAUCCAGAAAUUGAGAAGUUUAUCCCUUAUGACCCACUUGAGUUUGAGCGGUACAGUAUACCUGAAGACCUGAUUCCUCUCAGUAGCCUGGCUCUGCCUGGAUUGGCCUGUUUUUCUGGAACGUCACAUCUGUGUCAGGAGGAGCUGGACACCAUCGAUCCCCUCCCAAACCCGUCACCUGUGAGCAUGCGUACGCAUUCAGAUUACUGUUCGGAGCUGGAUGCCUUUUUUCAAACCCUAGAUGAGCUGACCAUCGAACUGCCUUCAGAAUCUUCCUAAUUUUUAAUAGAUAUUGUUUGUUUUUUAUGUUGUUGAAUAAAGUUGAUCACCUUAUGUACAGAAAGUGUCAGGCUGAUAUAGAAAGGACUUUACUUCCUGCUUUUACAGUCCAUCAGUGGUCACAUGUGAGGGAUUGCUGCUAUUGGCUUUGUCUGGAUUAGAAUGAACUUUGUCUCGGUUCCUCCUGCAGCGGAUAGUUGAAUGUCUUGUCUGCUCAGAUGUUGUAAUGACUUGCCUCUUCCGUUUCGCAAGCGUUUCUGAAGGAUUUCAAUAAACGAUCGGUUUUAUUCGUGUCUUCGCGCUUUUGUUUCUCAAGUGACCUGCGUCGAACUCGGGACAGGUGAGUUACCGUUUCCCUCUGGUGCUGCUGAGCCACAAAACAGAGGAGGGAGACUUUCAUGCGUUUAAACGCUUCUCACUGAACGCUGGCAGGGGAACGAAGGGACUCUUCAUUUCUCCGAACGAACAGGAAAUGAGUCCAAUAGAACCGAAAGGUCCGAUUAGAGUUUAUUUAACAAGUCAUCUUCGGGGUGUAGUGUGAAUUUUGGAGAAAAAAAAAAAGGGGGAAGUGGGCUUGACGAGGAACCACAGCGGCAUGCAUGAGGGUGGCUCAAACUCUGCUGGAUGCGGACCAGCUGUCGCCCACGGCGGCCCGGCGGCCACACAGGGCUCCCUUGUGGAGCGGCUGUCCCGGUACGGCAUGCAGGUCAUGCCCGGCGCGCAGCAGCGUCGCUCCCGGCUGCAGAGGCAGCCAGAGGUCCCGGACCAGCCCGCCCAGAGCCAGAGGGACGUCUGGGAGAGGGGCUCCGUCACGUCUGUCAAGCGCAGAAAACAGCUGAAGGAGUUGCUCCUGAGUAUCCCCUUCAGCGGCUCGCUGCCCCCGGAGAGCCCCGGCGCGGCCCCCCAGCAGCAGGACGCGGACUGGGCUCUGUCCCCCAUGGAGCACGAGUGGAUGCUGGCGGCCGUGGAGGGCAGCUACGAGACCAUCCUGGAGUACGUCGCCGCGGAGCCCGCUCUGAUCGGCCGCAGGGACUUCGUCAGCGGCUACUCGGUCCUCCACUGGCUGGCCAAGCGGGGCCAGGACGAGACGCUGCUGCGGCUGCUGCGGCACGCGGAGAGGGGGGGCGUGCGCGUGGACGUGAACGUGCGGGGCAGCGGCGGCCUCACCCCGCUGCACCUGGCCAGCGCGCACGGCCAGUACGCGGUCGUCAAGCUGCUGGUGGGGGCCUACGGCGCGGACGUGGACGCCAUGGACUACAGCGGGAGGCGGGCCUGGCAGUACCUGAGGGGGGACGCGCCCCUGGAGAUGAGGGAGCUGCUGGGCACCUGGGACGAGGAGCACAACAGCGAAGGGACGCCGCAGAACUUCAAAAGGAACGUGAACAACAACUGCGCGGGGGGGCAGGGGGGGCCGGUGGACCCCGACGAGCAGGCUGAGGACCCAGAGGAGGUGAAGGCCUCCGGCCAGAUGACCAGAAGCAGCAGCUGGAGAUUUGGGCCGCUCAGAAAGCUGAUAUCCUCUUUUCAAUUUCUUGGAAGUAAAACAUGAGCAAGUGAUGGUUUCGAUAUCUUAAAUUGAGUCCUGGAGUCAGCACAAGUUGCUCUGAACACUGCAUAUGAGGCAAUUGAAGCAGGAAGAGCUCUUUUUUUCUUGUAAAUUGAACUUGAAGUGAUACUUGGAAAACCAAAGUAUUAAAAUGGACUCCUCAUGAACACGCCUGGCAGUAUCUGACAAUCAUGGUUAGAAACAAGCUCAAAUGAACCCCUGUAAGUGUCAUCUGGCAGCAGCCCACCAGACUGGGCACAUGCAGCUUCUUUGCUACUAAAUUUAGCUUCUCAAAUUGCUGAACUGUCUUUCAGAUGUAAAUAAAAAUAAAGACACUCUUAAAAACCAUGUUUGUUGUUGGGGUCAAACACCCCCCCUUUACUCAGAGCGGUCAGAGAACCUCUGAUUAUGAUGUAGAAGGAACUUCAGAUACA